AUGAGCCCUGUGGAGUACGCUUAUUCGUUAUGGCCGCGAGAUGCGGCCAGCGAGAUUGAAUCGGUCCCCGAUACGUUUUCUAGUUGGGACAAAUGUAUGGCCAAGAGUUACUGCAAAUGGCCCGUCAUUGUCGGAAUCAUAGUCGGAGGGGUAAUUCUCCUGUCUGUCAUUGCCUGUAUAGUGAAUUGCUUGUGCUGCGGCAUUCGGUGCUGUACGAGCUGUUGCGGAUGCUGCUGCCCAUCUCCUCGACCGAAGCGGGCAAAGUACGCAGAUGACCCGUACCACCAACCUCCUCCAAUGCCGACCAUGCCGCAAGUGCCACCGGCAAACAGCUAUGAAGGGGGCUACCAACCAGGGUUCCAACAGGGAUACCAAACACCGCAAUCUCUCCCGACGUAUCGAGGUGCUCAAGUAGCGCGGUUCGAUGCCCCAACAAGCCCCGGAGUCUCAAAGAUGAACGAGGAUGCAUUACCUGCUAUGCCUAGUUGGGACCACGCCGUUACUCGUAGAGUCGAGGAUACAAGUCCCCAUCCGGAGUCAGUGGAAAUGGAACCAUUAAACCCGGUAACUCGGCCACCUCAUCGUACACCAUCGGCGCCUAGGUCAAACACAGGCGGGUAUAUGGGACCGCCACCUAUUAGGACAGCAGUGCAGAACGAACACUUCCCGGAUUCUCACGCGCAUGGAUACGAUGAUCAUAAUCCAUACGACUACCACGCCCAAAACCUAGGUCGUGGCCAUAGUCCUUACGACAACAGCCCAUAUGACCAGCCGUACACAGAUCACUCUCCAGUUGGUAACUACCACGCCAUGCCGUCCCCACCGCAGGCCUACUCCCCUGGCCCUCAAUAUCCUGUAGGCGUCGCCAUUUCUUCAACAACCGAGAUGAAUCGCCCGAUCCCAUUCCGACAGCCUUCUCCAGGCCUCCCUUUCCGGCAACCGUCGCAGUCGCAGUCAGUGCCCUACCGCCAGCCUUCUCCGGGCUUCAGCACCCAACCGCCCAGCUACAGAGGGCCGUCCCCAGCUGCCGUUCCAUCCGUCCCCUCAUCACCCCCACCACCAUUCACUGCAGGCGUCCCGCAGCAAAUCAGCGACCCGGGCCGGCCCCCGAGUCUCCUCCAGAGCGGGCGUAAGCCAACACCUAAUUCGUUCAGGGAUGUAUAG